AUUUUAGUGCAUUUAGAUGUUAGUCGCUCAAUCAGAGGCGAGAGGGUGCCAGAAACGCCACCUCCCUCCUUGUCCAGGAAUCUCGCUCUCUCUUUGAUAAUCUGGCGUUAAAACUUCCUUUUUUGUUUGGUUUGUCUUACAAGGUUGGCUUUAGACUUAUCAUACGGUCCAUAUAAAGUCGGGAGUAAAUCUCUCUACACUAACCCCACGCUGUGCUCCAGGACACUUCUUUCACCGUAGAUUUGACCCAUUCUUGUAUGGGAUUGCUAUAAUCUGAUUCUGGCAGAUAUCUUUUUUAUGACCGGAUGCCCUUCCUGACGCCAACCCUCUCUAUUUCCCGGGUCCGAGAAUGGCACCGACUUACUUGUUCUCUAAGAGAGAUAACAUUCAGGAUUUUUCCCACCUUUGGAUCAUUUCAUCCACGUGCUGUGUACUUCCUUCAUGAUGCUUUGUUUCCGAUAUGUAUCUUAGCUUAGUAAAAGUGUUUGUUUGUGUGGGCAUCCAGAAAAAAAGUGGAAGAAAGCUGCCUACACUGCCUCAUGUGGAGUGAAGACAGGCGGAAUCAGGUUUCGCUAGAUUUGAAUACUUGUAGAUCUUGAUAACAUUACAGUCACAACGUACUCUACUGCUGGGUCACAACCGUUGUUUCAUGAAAACUAACUGAUAUGAUAUAUGAUAAACCUUUUGAGAUACACAAACUUGUGAUGCAUAUGCUGACAAACUUUUAUAUCAUCAAAAGGUCACUAAAACAAACAUAUUAUUUAACAUCUAUAUCAAAAAUAUAAUUUGAAGCAAGUAUAUCGCUAAUGAUAUAAACACUAGUGCGCGUGCUGAAAUAGCUGACUCAAGAGCGCGUUGCAACUGCGAUGCGCCUGUACGUUUUCCCAACCGCCCGCGUCAUUAGCCGAGUACAGUCUUCGCCCUUUUGCGAGCAUGGCAGAUGUACGAUGUUUUGGUGAUACAAGAAAAUAUGUAUUCUGUUCUAUUUCUUGUGAAAUACGUCACACCUGUUUGUAGGCGCGGUCACACGAAAAAAAACCCACAUCGCAGUUACAACACAUGUGUAUAACGCACAGGGGGAAGUGGGGGUCAUGUCUCCGUUUUUUUGGUUAAACGAAAUACUUCAGUACAUAAAAUGUGAACUCUACCCCCAUUUUCCUGAAAUGUUAUCACCUACUUCGAUUUUUUUUUAGCCGGACGCUCCCUCUCUCUCUCUGGCUGUCGCUCGACAGGAAACCCCUUCCUCCACCGCUACCUACUGACCACACGGUUCAGUUUUCAGUGGACAUUCUUUGCUUGCGGAUGCGUUUAGACAUUCCACUGAUAGAAACACAAGUGCAUUUUCAUAGAAUAUGGCUCUGUUUUUCCUCCUAAGUGAGGCAUAUUGUCAGAAUAUGAAAACGCGGUAACGGCGAACCACGACAGACGGCGCCAGAUUAUUAGAAGUUUUUCAGCUUCAGCGGUUUCAGCUUCAGCGAGGAGAUGCAGCCUCCCCCACCACCACAGUCCACAGUCUUGCAGAUGCAUUCAAAUCAAGUUUCUCAAAAUGGCAGCAACAUGACCUUCACAGAGCAGGAUCGAUACUUGCUACGGCUGCAGAAGAUAAUGAAGUGUGAUGCAAGAGACGUUUUGCAUUACGUCUUCCUCCUGGGGACUCGUGAUCGUGACGUCAGUGAGCCCCUGGACAGGUACUUGUUCAUUCUCGGCUUCAGUGGGCAUCAGCUGAAAGCCAGAUUCAACAAGUCGCAGCGAGAAAAACUUCUUUCGGACCUCGAUGGACAUAGCUACGACGUCAGUCUUCUUUGGACUUGCAUCAUGCUCAGCUGCUUUCGCCAUGAUACGAAGAUGCUCUGGGUCUCGUCGCAUUUGGAAAGUCUCAUCACAACUAUCAAGAAUUUUAGGAAUACGCUGAUGCAUGACGGGUUCACAGGCAGCCAAACGGAUUUUAUGCAGAAAAUGGAAGAGAUCCGGAAGACGUUGACCGUCCUUCUUCGGACAGCAGGGGAGGUUUAUGGCGUUGAUGACAGUACCAUUACUCAAAAGGUCCAAAAUCUUAACUUGAGCAUUAACAAAGUAAGAGACGAUUCGUUUGAUGGUUGGGAUAUAACAAGUUAUAAGAAUGAAAACCUCUUUAAUCUCAAGCUGGAUAUGAUUCUCACAGAUGGUGUUCAAGAACUAAGGUCUCUAUACUCAAAGUGGUCCUGUGUUACUCCAGUUACGUUUCUAUUCGAUGACAUGCAGCUGAAGGUCGAUGCGAUCUAUACCUCUAUUAGUAUGGUAAAAAGAGGUCCUGAUGGGCGUAACCAGGAAAUCAAUUAUGAAGACGUAAUUCAGUACGCGCAGACCUCAAAUACACAGACAAGUUUAAGCAACGUUGCUCAAAUAAUUCUUCUUGAAGGAGUUGCUGGAUCUGGAAAGAGUACACUGGCGAAGUUCCUGAUGUCACAAUGGGUCGCAAAGAAGACCACAAUGAAGGGCCUGGCCGAUAUCGACUUGCUGA